AUGUGGAUGAAUCAGACAAACCAAACGGACGAUGACCUGUUCUCCUGCUACAGCCCCUCGGUCACUGCCUAUCGCUACUUUGCCGUGCUGUGGGGCUGUGCUGUGACCCUCACCGGUACUGUGGGGAACGUGAUGACCAUUCUGGCCUUCACUUUGGACCCACGUCUGAGGUCACGCUUCAACGUGCUCAUUGUCAACCUGGCUGUAGCCGAUCUUCUGUACUGCACCAUACUGCAGCCCAUCUCUGUCGACUCCUACCUCCACCUCAGGUGGCGCAGCGGUCAGGUCUGGUGCAGAGUCUUCGGCCUGCUCCUCUUCCUCUCCAACUCUGUUUCCAUUAUCACUCUCUGCCUGGUUGCAGUGAGCAGAUACCUCCUGGUUGCAAAAAGAGCGCUGUUUGAGCGUGUAUUUUCCAACCGUGGACUAAUUCUGCUCCUGAUCUCAACGUGGGCGCUGGGCCUGGCGAGCUUUGUUCCGUUAUGGCCCGUGUACGUGUUCGUGCCUCAGGUUUGCACGUGCAGCUUCCACCGUACCAGGGGUCGGCCCUACUCCACCAUCAUGCUUUUCCUCUACUUUUUCGUUGGGCUGGGCUGUGUUGGAUUCUUCUACAUGCUCAUCUACAGGCGAGUCAAAGUUGCGUCGCAGGCUCUGCUCCGCUACAGGCUCAGCCGGCGCUCAUCCAGGAGAGCGGCCUCCUCAGCUCAGGGGACUAAUGACAGUGGAGUCGAGAGCGGAAUAAAGACUUGCAGCUCAGAGAUGAGCAGCCAGGUUGAACAACCCCAACGUGAGAUCAUUUAUGAAAAUGAUCUGCCGCCAUCCCAGAGUUUAGCCACUGACUUAAAUUCAUCAAAAGGCCCCAAACCUACUCCUGAUGUCGUCACCGUGCCUUCUCCCGUCCCUGCUGCUCCUGCCCGUCCCACUGCGACUUCAGGGGAUGACAAUGAAUUCAAGCGUGUGACACACAUGUGCUUCACUGUCUUUCUUUGUUUUGUAUGCUGCUUUGUUCCCUUCCUGUUACUGAACAUAGCCGACAAACACAGCCGCGCCCCACAAAUCUUGCAUAUGUUCUGUGCAAACCUAACCUGGCUCAACAGCUGCAUCAAUCCUGUCCUUUAUGCGGUCAUGAACAGACAGUUUCGACAGGCCUACCACGUCCUGCUCACAAGAGCUGCUGCGCCCCUGACCAAGCCCUGGUGGACCAGCACAUGGUGGCACUGUCAGAAAUCCUGA